AUGAGGAGCCUGUGGUUUGUGCUUUUCCUGACCGCCGCCUCCGUCGACGCGUUCAAAACGAAUCGGACCUCAUGCUUCCAAUAUGUCGAAUGUUUGGAGUCGAUUCAAUCAAGCCUUAAGGAUUGCGUCGGGGGCACUGCAAUCUCGUUGACUCUUGAAGCGAAAGAUGUGAACAUCCGCGAUCUCGUCAAGUACCGAGCAUUGGAGUUUGUCGGAUGCCAAGAUCGUCUUCUCAAGGAAAUUGUCGACUUUGAAGCGCUUCAAAUACUUGUCAAUGAGGAUGCGAGAGAGUGCUUCGACAAGCUUCCGGAGAGCUCGAAGAGAAUUGAGCCGUUCACCGAUUCGUGCGACUAUGUGCAGCCAGCGAUUCGCAACAACUCCCGCGGUGAUUCCCUUCAGUGUCUCAUCGACUUCAAACAGGAUCGCGAGUAUUGCGAGAGCCUUCUUGAGUGCUGUCCAGAUCAUACGAGAUGCGGUGAGAGAAUGAACGCGGUCUCGCUUUCCUAUCAGAACUCGAGAGUCAAGGCCGAGCAGAUCGUCUACAAUAUGAUCUCGUGCAUUGUCUCGAACGAUCCACGAUUCUUGCGCGAGGGCGCCCGUCUUCAGGCUCUUCGUGAUCCAUACAGAAACGCCGGAAUCCCAUUCCUUCGACCGGACGCUUACACCGAAUCGCGAAUCAGUCGCCGACUCGCACUUACAUCCACAGCUACUUUGGCACAGAGAAGGGAGAGAUUCUUGAAGAAGUACUCGCAAAUCAGACAAGUCGUCGCGCAGAAGCUCGUCAAUCAAUUCACCACUACCACCAGUACGACGGAAGCUCCAGAAACCGAACCAACUCCAGAAGUCGUUAUGGAAGUGAAGAAGAUUGAGGAUGAGGUUGAGGAGAAAACUGUCAAUGAUGAGAAGGAGGAUCAGGAGGCUGAAGAUCGCGUUCAGAUUGUCAGAGAUCUCAUCCGAACGGCCUCUGAUAAGGACCUUUCAACUUAUGUUUCUCUCAUUUCCGAAGGAAAAUUCUCGGAGCUGUUCAGACUUGCCGAUAAGAAGCACAAAGUUGAAGAUAAACUCGACUCGAAGGUCAAGGCGAAAUUGAAUAAAUUAAAGGACAUCCUUACUCGCGCUUUGGAAAAGAGUUCUGAAGUCGAUCUACUCCCUGAAGACAUCAAAUCGAUUGCUACUCGCAGUUCUGAAGAUUCGAAGAAGAGCGAAGUGAAGAAGACCGACAAGAAGCAUUUGGACGUCGACGAAGUUUCGAAGGAUGUGUUUGAAGAGAAGAAGGAUGAUGAGAAGAAGGAUGGCGAGAGGAAGGCUGAGGAAACGAAGGAGGAAGCCAAACAGACUGAGGAGAAGAAAGAGGAAGAGAAGAAAGAGGAGAAGAAAUCGGAAGAGAAGAAAGAGGAAGAGAAGAAAGAGGAAAAUGUGAAGGAGGAAAACGAGAAGAAGGAGGAUAACAAGAAAAACGAGGAGAAGAAAGAAGAAGAAGCUGAAACCAAAGUCGACGAAAUCAAUGAGAAAGAAAGUGUUCCAAGUGUGUUCACAAUUUCGGAUACCGUCGACUCAAAAGCCGAAUCGCGUCUCUCUCAUACUGCUAUUGAUCGUAAGCAUCGAAUGGUCGCCGAGGUUGAGAAGGUCGAGAAGAAGCUCGAGGUCGAUGAGCCGGAGGUUAAGGAACUCACUAGCAAGGAUCGUGCCCUUCUUGUGGAGAAAGAAAUCAAGGAAUCUGCUCAAAAGGAAAAGGAUUCCGACGAUCAGAUGAUCGAGAGCCUUGUGCAAGAUGAUCUUCCAAAAUUGGAGCAAGAAUCUGGCGAAAAGAAGGAAAAGGAGAAGGACGUGAUUGCCGAGAUGAUGGAAUCGAUCAAGAGCUCUACUACAGUCGCUCCUGAAGUCACGUCGACUUUGAAAUCCGAGCUCAUCUCGAACUUGGAUGAAGUUGUGCUCACCGAGCAGCAGCAUCAGCAGCUACAUUCUUCCAAGGUUUCAGAGGAUGUCGAAGGAAGUGGAGAGGAGCAUGCUCCAGUGACCACCACUGAGCCAUCCGAAGUGAUUGCUAAUGUGAGAAAGAUCCAUCCAAGACUCGAACAGACUCACUGUCAAGAAUACGCUUCCUGCUGGCAGACCCUGCUCGACUACGAGGAGCAAUGUGACAGAAAGUACUCGACUGAAGUUCUGAGCCACGGAAUCGACGACGCCGAGAUCCUCUCAAUCUUGCAAAACAGCUCAAUCUCUCAUCACGAAAUCGUCCUCAAGGCCUGCCUCAGACCACUUGAUCGCACCGUUCAUUCCACCCUCAAACAGCUUCUCGUGAUCCAACGCGGAGUCCGCAAAGCAUGCCUCGAACUUGGACGCAACAAGAUCGCCGUCACCGACGCCGAAGAGAAGCAAUGCAGCGUUGAGAUCCCAACAACCGCGUCGGCCGACGAGUUCUUCUCAUCGGUGCACGCCAGAUCGCAAGCAAAUCAUCUGACAUGCCGCGCUAAACUCGAGCCAAUCCGCGAGGCCUGCAACAUUGUCCGCGACUGUUGCGCUUCAGUUGACACGUGCGACAAUUACAUCGCCUCAUCGCCGGUCAAGAAGCUCGAAACCGAAGCCGUGCGACGACUCGUCAAAAAGCAGAACGACUGCGAAACGAAAAUGCUUCAAACGCUCAGCUACAUUCACGAGCAACUUUCAAGCCCAUCGCGUCGCCGUCGCUUCUAUUAUCACUAA